AUGUAUCUUGCUUGUGAGAGGAGUGGCCAAUAUAGAGCGACAAAGAAGUUAAAACAUGAUGGCAACAAUACAUCAAGAAUAACCGGAACGAAGAAGUGUGGUUGUCCUUUUGAUAUGAGGGCUCACAGGUUUACCACACAUGAUGAAUGGAUAUUGACCGUAGUAUGCGGAUUGCAUAAUCAUCCACUUGCGGAGCACCUUGAGGGACAUUCAUAUGCGGGGAGGCUAUCAAAGGAUGAGAAAGCAUUGUUAAUGGAUAUGUCAAAGAGCAUGGUUCGGCCAAAAGAAAUCCUAGUAACCUUGAAACAGCGAGAUGCCCUCAAUGUAAGCACAUUUAAAACCAUGUACAAUGUACGCCAUCGAAACAGGGUGGUACAGAGAGCUGGAAGAUCACAGAUGCAACACUUAUUGGAUGAAUUGGCCAAAUAUCGUCUUCCUCUUCUUGAAAUUAUGGGAGUGACAUCAACUGAAAUGACAUUCUCUGUAGCUUUCACAUACUUACAGUAUGAGAGGGUCGAUAACUAUGCGUGGGUGUUAGCUACAUUGCGUGAUGUCAUGGAUGGUUUUGUUGUGCCAACAAUUAUUGUUACUGACAGAGAGCUAGCCUUGAUGAAUGCCAUAUAG